CUGUCGCUUGUUUUUUGGGCGGGCAGCUCAGCUAUUGAAAAGAAGCAGUGACCUGUCAGUCUUGACUGAUGGGAGCGGGCCGCUGGGAUCGACCCCAUGUGUGGGAAAAUACCUCAGCCAAAAAGCACGCUCAUUCACAUGCUAAUUCUGCUCUAUAAAUAAGAGGAGUGCGCAGCGCGGAGGCCUUAAAGACAAGGCAGAUUUCACACGAGACAGCACGAGAGAAGUCGCAGAUUAUAUCUACCAAACCAAGGGACAUGACCGCCACUACCAUGGCGCACAACGUGGAGAAACUAUCGAGUGCCAAGGAAGACAGAAAGCUGAGGAAGCCGCUCAUUGAAAGAAAACGACGUGAAAGAAUAAAUAAUUGCUUGGAUCAGCUGAAAGAAACUGUAGUUGGCGCCUUUCGGCUUGAUCAAUCUAAACUGGAGAAAGCUGACAUUCUUGAAAUGACAGUGAAACACUUGCAAAAUAUACAGAGCAAUAAAUAUGCAGCUGAUCCGACCUUAGGACUGGAAGCCCAGCAGAAGUACAGCACGGGCUACAUUCAGUGUAUGCACGAGGUGCAUAAUCUGCUACUAACCUGCGAAUGGAUGGACAAGACUUUGGGUUCUCGCCUGCUCAACCACCUGCUCAAGUCCCUUCCACGGUCCACUGAAGAUGCCUCCCAGCCCGCAGCCGUGUCUAUCACCCCCAUCCCCCACCACACACACGGGAGCCCGAGGCAUGGAACUCCUGUGCCCUCGAAUAGGCCCUUCAGCAGCGGCGAUGUCAAGCCUGGGAGAGAGGUCCAGACAGAUAACGUCCAGUACUUAGCCAGCCCCCGCGAUAGGGUACUUCUGCUACCAGGAAAUCGGUUAUUUAACAAUCCACACAUUGCUGCGCUUGAUAUGUGGAGGCCCUGGUGAAUUUCUGGAACUCAAACUCUAUUUUGAUCUAUGCGUAGACUCUUCUCCUUAUGUAUCUUAUAGAUAUGCUUCUCAGAACACUUGUGGGGCAGUACUGUUCCAGAAUAGGUGUACUACAGACACGGGUACUUCCGGCAGAAGUAAACUUCUUGUAGCCUGCAUUGUAGAAGGCUAUUAUUUGUCUAUUUAUUGUAUUAACUCAAUUUAUUUAAUAAGAUAAACUUGCUUUUAGGUUUAUUCAUCACAUAAUGUAGUGUGUGCUUUCCCUUUCUUUGUAUCUAAUGUAAAUGUAUUAACCCAGUAUUAAUAAAAUGUGUUCCACAAUG